AUGUCGAGAAACUCCGGUAGUGCUACGCCAUCGCCUGCAAAUAUGGAGUCUGGCCCACACUCUGCCAAUUCAACCAGCGGAACAGCUGCCAAUUUUGGUGGUACUGAAAGGCUUCCUAUCACUCAGGCGCAGACGACCAUGCAAGACAGCAUGACAGCUUCCACAUCUAGAGCACCAAACAUCCAGGCUAAUUCUAGCUUCAGCACCAGCCAACAGCAGGCUGCUCCACAAUCUUCCUCCUUAGACACACAAAUGGAAAUCACUCAUGGUGUUGCUAAUCCUUCGACUGUGCCACCUCCAGACAGACCUGCUGGGAGACGCACAAAUCAGCUUCAGUAUCUUCUGAAUAACGUUAUAAAUUCUCUGUGGGAUCAUCAAUAUUCGUGGCCAUUCUUGCAGCCCGUAGACGCCGAAGCGCUCAAUCUAACUGAUUAUCACGUAAUUAUCAAAACUCCAAUGGACAUGGGAACGGUGAAAAAGAGACUAGAGGACAACUAUUAUCAUAGUGCGAAUGAAUGUAUUGAUGACAUGAAAACUAUAUUCACAAAUUGUUAUAAGUACAACAUCAACCCAGACGACGAUGUGGUUCGCAUGGCUAAGACUCUAGAAAAAUUGUUCCUCAGCAAACUCAGUCGAAUGCCAAAGGAGGAAGUUGAUCUGCUGGACUUGCCAUCAGCUCCAAAAAAGAGAGGAAGGCGUGCAAAACCACGUGGAUGGGCAGGCAGAAGCAGAACCAGCUCAGUCUCUUCCACCUCACAAUCAGAGUCCGAUUAUGGUCCGUCUGCAGGAAAACCUGCUAGUGCUGCCGCUCACCUUCCACCAGCUCCUAGCAACAUAGCGCCUCAAAUGACCUCGAUGCUGCCAUUGGUCAUGCAGGGGCCAGCACCUAGCAGGACGGUACCCCAGACCGCGCUGGUCCCUCCUGACCAGGCGAAGAAAGGUCUUAAGAGAAAAAAAGACACCACUAACAUCAAUGCGGAGGCCAAAAAAGCAAGAGGGGGUCCAAUGUCCGACUCAAUGAUGAUCUGCCACAAUAUUCUCCAAGAGCUCUUUCCAAACAAGCACUCGUUUUUUGCUUGGCCGUUCCACAAACCUGUCGACACCGAGCUCCUAGAACUUUAUAAUUGCCAUAUAAAAACACCCAUGGAUCUAGAAACAGUGAGGGCAAAGUUCAACAACCGAGAAUAUAGGAGCGCAGAAGAAUUUGCUCUUGAUGUUAGACUCAUGAUCAAAAACUGUAGCACGAUGGCCGAGAUUCAUAAGAAGGUGUUUGAGGCCAGAUACGCUAAAAUUCCUGCUGAUUUGCUUGUAGCGCCAUUUGAAGAACCUUUCGGUGAAGCCAAGGCAGGUUCAUCUGAGAGCGUAGAUGAUGACGAUGCACAUAAUAAGCUCCACCGUCUCGAGAACAAGAUGAAAUUGUUGCAGGAAGAACUUAAAGUUCUUAAAAGACAGAAGCGCAGAGAGCAGAAAAAGAAGAAAAUUCUCUCUGCAGGUCCUAGCAAACCAGAAAGCGAUGACAAAGCCAGGUAUGGUGCCCACCACUAUGAGCUACUUCCUAAGGACGAGCAGCCUGCUGGUUCUUUCAUCACUUCAACCCCCAAGCCUGAGGCAAAGGGCAAAGCUGGAUGUGUACCCUCGACUGCAGUGCCUGGUGUUUCUGGUGCUCUACCUACCAAACCUCAGGGCAAACCUGCUAGCCCCAGCAAGGAGAAUGCUGCAGGCCAAAUCCCUCCUCCUAGUGCCACGCCAUUUGGGGAAUCUGAAGACGAGGUCGACGUGAAGCCUAUGUCUUACGAAGAAAAAUUUAAAAUAAAUUUAGAUCUGCAAAAGUUACCACCUGAAAAUCUGGCCGAAGUGGUCCAGAUCAUCAUGUCCAGAGAACCGUCGCUGAUGGUUUCAAACUGUAGCGAGUUUGAGCUUGAUUUGGAUGUUCUGAAGCUAUCAACACUUCAAGCAAUGGAAUCUCACAUUUCUUCUUGCCAGAAGAAGGAAUCCCCAAAGACUUGUGGCAAUAAAAAGGGCAUAGAAGUGGGAACUGGAAAAGCCAUGAUCCAAUUGCCUGCUUCGUCGUCAAACUCUGACUCAUCAAGCUCCAGUGACUCGUCGAGUUCUUCAGAUUCUUCCACACGAAGCUUCCCACGAACACUUAACACACAACCGGAGAAAUAUGACAGUUGGCCUUGCUUGGAGCGCCGAAGGCGCGACCCGCGCCAAACGUUGCGCCUCCGGCCGAAACCCGCGGAGGAGCCCCGCGGCGCCCCCGCGACCGACCCGCGUCCCUAUGCUUGCGGGUUAAAAAAUCGCCAAAUCGGCGCCAGGACGAGGGUCCGCAGGGCGAAACCGCCGCAGCCCCCAUAG